AGGAAAAUGGCUUAACUUCAAUUAAAAAGCUUGUGGGAAAUGACUCUCCGACUAGUUCAUAAACUCAAGAGAAGCUGUACAAGGUUUGCUAGUUCUAGCAUUUCACACACGGAUGAAAGAGCCAAAUUCACAGGGUCAAAGAAGACAAACUUCACACAUGAACUUAAGUAUCUAAAUCCUCUUGAGCAGCCUGCUUUUCCUACAUUUCGUGUUCUUGACAAUCAUGGGAAUAUCAAGACAGAUGAUGCACCAAAAUUAUCAGACGAGGAGCUUGUCAAGAUUUACAGGAGCAUGGCUCUUCUCAGCAAAAUGGAUAAGAUAUUGCUCCAGUCACAACGUCAAGGCCGAGUAUCAUUCUACAUGACUUGCUCAGGGGAAGAAGCUGCGGUUGUAGGUAGUGCUGCAGCACUGCAAGAUGUGGAUACAGUGUUCACUCAAUAUCGAGAGGUUGGCGUUUUCUUGUGGAGAGGCUUCACUUUGCAAGAUGUCAUGCAUCAGUGCUUUAGCACACAUAAGGAUAACACGAAAGGUAGGCAGAUGCCUAUACAUUACUCAGCAAAGAAGCUGAACAUACAAUGUGUUAGCUCUACGUUAGCAACUCAAGUGCCGAAUGCUGUUGGUUACGCUUACUCCAACAAAAUAAAGGGAAUCAAAGCAGUAACAGUCACGUAUUUUGGUGAAGGAGCAGCCAGUGAAGGUGAUGUGCACGCAGCUAUGAACAUGGCAGCCGUGCUCCGGUGCCCAACUAUCUUCAUUUGUCGUAACAACGGCUACGCCAUAUCAACCUCAACUGAAGACCAAUACGCGGGAGAUGGGAUCGUUGUGCGCGGAUAUGGAUAUGGAAUGCGCAGCUUGCGUGUGGACGGAAAUGACUUGUUCGCCGUGCACAAAGCAGUGUCCGACGCCAGAAAGGUUGCUCUGGAGAAUUCAUGUCCGGUCCUGAUUGAGUUGAUGACGUACCGAGUUGGACAUCAUUCUACUAGUGAUGAUUCUACUGCUUACCGUUCAAUAGACGAGGUGAAUUACUGGAAUAAGGAAGACAGCCCUGUGGGACGGCUGGGGCUGUAUCUCAUGAAACGGAAACUUUGGGACGCUGAAAAAGAGAAUUCAUACGCUAAAGAGUGUCGAAAAGAGAUAAUGGCAGCGUUCAACGUGGCUGAAAGUGCCCUGAAACCCUCCCCAUAUCUGGUAUUUGACGACGUUUACGAUUCGCAUUCCACACAAAUAGCCGAGCAAAAAGAGCACCUAGAAGAACAUUUGAAGAUCUACGGAGAACAUUACAAUCUGAAAGAUUACGAUGUUUAAGAAGAGAAUUUAGGAUUUACUUACUUUGGAAAAAUUGUUGUGAUUUGUAAAACAGGCACAGGGUUUCCUUUCGUUUUUGUUAUUAUUUAUAAAUAAUAACUCGGUCGACAAAAUUCGUAUAAAUACGACUUUUGUCGACCGAGUUUGGUUUUGUAUAUAUUAUAUACAUGUACUUACUUACUUUAUGCUACUUAAUAUUUAUUAUAUAAUACAAUAUGAAUCAUAUCUACUAUUAAAAUUAAUUCAAUCGUAUUAUAGUACGGAAUUUUGUUAUUUCUUUUUUGGGGGAGAAAGGUAGAGGUGUAGUUGAAUGUCUUAGAUUUUGUGAAAUAUUGUUGUAAGUUAAAUUCUUUUUCCAUUCCGUUUUGAAACUCAUGA